CAAACGAGCUCCGCAUCGAAAUCUAGUCGCAACUGAAAAUAUAUUUUGUCAAACGAAUAGGCUUAGUUAACGCUUUGUCCUAGAUCUGUAGCCUACUAUGAUUCAAAUAAUAAUGAAACCGUUUUAAAUAACAUUUUAAAUCGUAAGGUUUUUAUUUUCUUUAUUUUAUUAGGCUGUCUGAAAUGUUGAUGUGAGGAAAAUGUAAAUUUUCAUCAUUAAACUUGCUGAACGGGUUGACAUUAUGACCCGUUACCAUAUUGUAUAUUUUGGUGGCUGAUUAUUAUUAUUAUUAUUAUUAUUUUAUUUUUAUUAUUUUUUUGGAAGUGAAAUAUGAAUUUAUAAUGUGGAGCCGAUCUACACUCAAGUUUCUCUUCUCAUUCUUCGGUGUAUUAGCUGCGAUUAAAGUUCAGUCUGCCUCAGAAGAGCUGUGUCCUCGACUAGAGCCCCUUCCUGGAGUUUUGGUCUUGAAGUUAGGAAGCAAUGUUGUGCUUGGCUGCAGAGGCGGUGUCUCUGUGGAUGGUGUGCCGUUGGCUUCAGCCAGUGUCACAAAUAAAAAAUACAGAAACAAGCAGACAGAAGACAUCACUGUCAGCUGGACAUCCCAAACAGGUGAUGCUAAUGCUACACAGCUAACCAGUAUGAAGGGAAAUGUUACAACUGAGACAUACCAAAAGUUUGAUUCUGGUAUGUAUUCCAAAGCUAAAGGGGACACAACAGUUACAGUUACAGUUAAACCACCUGUAACCAUAAGAAAGGAACAAAGCACUUCUAGAUGUGUUUUGCGUGCUGUCACAACUACUGGGAAGGAGGAAGAGGUCUUUGAUAUCACCAUGGGGAAGGAUUUUCAUCAGGACUAUGAUUAUGAAGAGGAAAGGUCCAGGGUGACAAGAGGCAUCAAAAAGCGAACACGCUGGACUCUCAGUGGACGACAAUUGCAUUCUGGAGUGGAAAGGGGGGUGGUUUUAAGAUGGCCACAUCUCAGCUGGGCAGAUGCUGGGAAUUACAGCUGCUACAGAGGAGAGAGACUAAUUUCCACAUUCAGAAUCAGCGUAGGGGUGCCACCAGAGAGACCCACUGUCUACUGCUACAAGAAGUUUCACACCAGUAAAGUCCGCUGUGAUUGGACAUCCAAAAAUCCAGUAACCCCACGGCCACUGUUUUACCUCCUUCAAAUUAGAGAAUUGUUUGGUAACGUCACUCGCGUGCCUUGUUCAUUCUCCCGCUCCCUCUGUUGGUGUGCUUUUCACGUGGAGGAGGGUGACAGAGCUCUCCAUGUGGCAAAACUGUGUGUGUCUAACACAGCAGGCAAUGCCACGAGCCCUUACCUCAGCUUCAAGCUUCAUGACAUCAUUAAGCCAGACCCUCCGACCCGGGUGGUGGUGAGAGCAGUUGAGGGACAGAAGCAUAUGCUUAAAGUAUCCUGGUCUUAUCCCAGUUACUGGAAGCAUGGCUUCUAUGCCCUGUGUUUCCAGCUGAGAUACCGAUCACAACUCGCAGAGCAGUACCAGUCAGUGCUGAUAUAUGACAGGAUGGACAGACAUGUGUCCUGGACAAUUUAUGAUGCUCUGCCACACAAUCAGUAUGAAGUGCAGUUCCGGGCCAAGGAUGAGUUUGACGGCGUCUGGAGUGACUGGACUGACACUGUCUAUGCAGUCAGUUGGACAG